AAAUACUUUCAGAAGUAGUAGUCUAGUAUUAUUUAAAUAACACUGCUUAAGGUAUUCUAAGACUGUGUGUUUUGAUUAGGUAUCAAUUAAAAUUAUUACUAUUAAUUGCAUAAUCAAGGAACGAUUAAUCGAAUAUGACUCAUUUGUUGCGUAUUUUAGUACAGAGACUUGAAUAAAUUGUUCGAAAGAAUUUCAUUUAUAGUAUUCUGAAAACUUAUGUAGAGUAUUUGUAAAGAAAUAUAUAUUUUGCACUGUAUUUGUAUUUGAAUCAAUAAAUUGUUAAUAUAAACUAACAUAAUUUAGGAGUGUUACAUCGACAUUGAGAGUAACAUAUUUUUUUGCGAUGAGAUCAUUUGGUUUCGUGUUAUUUCUUAUAAUUUACUGGAGAUCUAGUGGUUCUGGAUAUCCUUCGGACACAAGUGAUCUCGUAAGCAUGAAAUCGUUGUUAAAUGCUGCUAUCUAUGCAGCAGAGCGAGGCGGUAUCAUGGUGAUAGAGGGUAAAAACCGUGGAUUAAAAAUACACAGUAAAGGAAAGACAAAAGAAGGAGCGAAUGAUCCAGUCACUGACGCCGAUUAUGCCUCCCACUGUGCCAUGUAUUAUACUCUUAAGAACGCCUUUCCGAAGCUAGCUAUAAUCUCCGAAGAACAUUCGGUUGCUGAAAAAGAUUGUCAGAAUCAAGAACCAAUAGAUUUAGAUUCAACUCCACAAGGACAGAGAAUAAUUAACUAUAUAAGUGACGAACUUGUUCUUGCGAAAGAUGUUACGGUUUGGAUUGAUCCAUUGGAUGCAACACAGGAAUAUACAGAAGCUUUAUAUUCUUAUGUGACAACAAUGGUGUGUGUUGCUAUAAACGGAGUGCCAAUUGUGGGUGUUAUUCAUUAUCCAUUCCCUCCAACCACAUAUUGGGGCUGGCUCAUGAAGAGGACAUCUAGCAAUAUUCCAAAAGUUUUAUAUAAAGAGGACAACAAACUACAUCCCAGGGUCAUAGUGUCCAGAUCUCAUCCUGGGAAAGUGGCAGAUAUGGCCAGCAAGGCAUUCGGGCCAAAAACAUCAAUAACACCCUCAGCUGGUGCUGGAAACAAAUACAUGAGUGUUGUGAAUGGUACACAUGAUGUAUACUUACAUGAGACGGCAAUCAAGAAGUGGGACCUUUGUGCAGGACAUGCUAUUCUUAAAGCCAAUAACGGUACAGUGACCACUACCAAAGGAGAACGCAUAGAUUAUUCAAGUGAGAGCAAUGUGGUAGUCUCUGAUGGGAUACUAGCUACAUUGUACGAUCAUCACUUUUAUUUGGAUAAGCUUAAAACGGUUCUAUAGUGUUGUUGCCUCUUUUUUUUCUUGAUGUUUACUAAAGCAUCCUUGUUAUGCACAUUGUGUUAUAUUACUGUUAAAUUCUAUCAAAGUGUAAUGGCGUACAUACAAGGGCUUUUUGGAUGGCUGUCGAAUUUAUGUAACAAUUUUAAUGUACAUAUUAAUUACAUUUGAUUGAAUGCAUAUUUUAAUUAAAUUGACGUAUAUGAGUAGCAGUUUGCCUGCUUUGUUCAACAUCUUGUGCCAUUCAGUAACAUGAUAUUGUGCCACAGAACAGAUAGUAGGUUAGAAGAGGCCUUGUGGGCGGGGCAGGCGCGAUGAGAAAUAAAUUGCAUUUGCGGGAUGUGAGUGCAAGUGAAGCACCGUGAUCGUGGUAACUUGAAGGUAAGUGAGAGAUAAGCGUCGACACGCGUUGUAAUAAAAAUUUUCUAAUCCCUUAUUUGUUCUGUGGUGACAACCCUACUAAGGCAUCAUUUUCGCCUUUGAGAAUGUAAUUUCACUGAGUGUUUUUUUUACAUUUUGGUCUUAAAAUUACUUAGGUUGUGCUAUUUUUGUUUAGCUACGUCCCAUAGACAAAACAAUUAAUUCAUGGAUAUGUCGAUAUUGUUCUAAUUUUGGGUUAUAAAUAUAUAUUGUACAUAUUUAUUACAUUGUGUGUGUUUUUAAGGUGUCAAAUAAGUACAUUAUUAAUCAUAUCAUAUUUUUGUUCCUAAUUUAUAAAAUAUAAUAAGUGACUAAUUUUAUUAGUUUUACCGAAUUCGUUUUAGACUAGGUACCAGUAGAUACCAUUUUUGUAUGAAGCAAUUUAUAUACUAUACACAAUCAAUGUUUAAAAGUUUAUAGUUAGUAGUACACUGAGUAAACCCAAAGACAGAUAUAGUAUUUCAUGUAUUUAAGAAUUAAAAUAAUUAUAUUUAUUCAAAACAAAAAAAA